AUAACAAAGAAAACGAAAUAUAAAAAAUUAUUUUUUGUUUUCAUAGUAUGCAUGGAAUAAUUUUCUCAACUUGUAUAAAUUAUCCUUAUUUAUACUAUUAAAGUAAUUUUUUAAUAAAAAUAAUAUACAUACAAAAUUUUCCUAUCAUAAUAAUAUGUUAAUAUGACUGAAUUGUUUUUUUAGAGAGAUGCUUCAAUCGAAGAAUUUAUUGUAACCGGUGGAAGAAAGUAUGAACGAACUUGACUAUGUAAUUGUGCUACUUCAGCAUCUUCUCUCUCUAAAGCUCUAAUGAGCUGUGCAAAUUGUACAGUUCCUGUUUUGUGCAUAAAACAAUUAAUUCUUCCAUUUUAUUAACAAUUCCAUUUUAUUAGUAUAUGAAUCUUAUGUAUAUAUACAUGCCUUCUCUUCCUUCUGGAAAACCAUAAUUUUUUAUGACAUCCAUUUGAAUCUGCGUCACUAAUGGAAAUACAAAUUGCAUCAUUUUCAACAUUUCAUUGCCAGAAUUUUCUUUUGCCUCUGUGAUCUUUUGCAAAUUCUCUGGUGUAUUCAGUGCUGUCAAAAUAUCUGUCAAUAUAGCUAGUAAAAAAAAACAAAAAAUUUGUUUAUAUGUCUAUUAAUUUGAUAAUUUUCAGAGUUAUAAUAUUUUAAAGUAAAUUGUUUAAACUACCUUUCGCAGUUUCUAUUGUAAAACCAGGAACACUUGCCAUAGUGUACACUCUACAACAAAGAGAAGGUUAUGUUUCACAGCGACUUAUAUUAUCGCUACGUAUAAUAUAAAUUCACUAAUUAUAUGCAGCAAACACAGAUCGCUGUUUAAUAUUUCUCGUAAUUAAAUUGAUCAAAAUAUAAUAUAGAAUACACAAUAUAGAAACUUCAAAAUUAUUUAUAUAACCUCCAAUAGUUGAUGUAAGUAUACUGUGCUUUUCCAGACUAUCACUUGUAGUUUAAUGCACUUUUAUUCCGUAAUAUUACCUAACAAUUAUUUCUUUCUAAAUAAUAUUAGAUAAUAGAACUGCAAUCUUUUAACUGAUUUGCACUUGUUGAGAUAACGAUUUGACGUUUACUUAUAUGUAUAUGUUCCAAUAUAUUCCGAGUUGCCAAUAUGGAAAAAAAAAAUUCAUAUACAUAUACACUUUCAUUCAUUCAUGUAUGACGUUCUGGCAAUUAAUGAAACGCAGCUAUUUCCGAGAACGUCAGCUGACAGCUGUCAGCUGAUUGAAGUGUUUAUCUUGAAUUCAAUCAUGGAAACGAAACAUGAUCAAACAUUUUUACACAUACUUCGUGAAGAAAAGAACAUUAAUAAUUUCUUGGAUGCUUUUUUUGGAUUUUUAUACAGAUGCACAGACUUUUAUGUCGAAUCAAACUUGGAACAAAAAUUGGGCUUCCCAUCUGGAGUAGUGGAGAAACUUGUAUCAAAUAGCAUGUACAAGUGGAAAAAUAUUGCAUCAAAUUUACAAAAGACAAUAUCUGUAAAGGACAGCAAUAACAGCAGUAGCAUAUCACAAUCAAAUCAAUUAACUUUGACAGAUAAAAUUGAAAAUUGGAAGCUUCCAUCUGUUGUGCAAGAAAUUGAGAUUGGCUCAUGCAGUGAAUCUACUAACAUUAUUAAUCUACCUUCUACACAAUCAUUCAAGACAGAUCAUAUGUCAGAUAGUUAUAAUGGAGCUGUAAGAGAUAAUUAUGUUUGGACACAGACACUCACUGACUUGGAUGUAAUUGUAAAAAUACCAGAACAUAUCAAGACCUCUAAAAAUACAAUUAAGGUCAAUAUAAGUUCAGACAAAAUCAAAAUCGAUGUCAAACCUUUGAAUUCUUCAACAAAUUCUGAAUGGGAUAACAUUUUCAAUGACAAGCUUAGUUUUAAGAUUCGAAAAGAUGAAUCUAUAUGGAGCGUCGAAGCUGGAAAACACAUAAACAUUCAUCUUGAGAAAGUUACCGAAAGAUGGUGGGAAGCCUUAAUAAUUGAUGAGCCGAAAAUCGAUUUAAGUAAGAUUGACUGUUCAAAACAUUUUGAUGAUAUGAUACCAGAGGAACAGAUGAAUGUGCAGAAAUUGAUGUGGAACCAGCAACAAAAACUUUUAAACAAAUCAACGUUCGAGCAAAUUGAGCUGGAGACUAUUUUGAAGCAAGCGUGAUAUGCGAAAAAAUCACCUUUUCAGGAUACACCUUUUGAUUCUUCAAUUUUAAAAUAUAAUUAAUGUAUCCAACUGUUUAUGUUUUCUAAUUAUGAUUUUCAUAAACAUCAGAUAUAUUGAAAAAGUCAAAUUGUAUUAUAUUUAUACAUAAUUUUAUAAAUACACAUAUAUGUGUAGCAAUUUUUGUCUUAUAGAAA